GCCAGCGCACCCCGAGACGGAGGGCGAACGGAGAGUGUCGCGGUUCCCGUUACACAGCUACUGAAAACCUGCACUAACAGCGAAAGCGGGAAGCUGCCCAUCAACAUAACGUGCUCAAAAUGAUUCUACAACUCGUGCAUCUCUUCGGGUUGCUUGUCUGCGGCAGUCAAGCUGUUCUGCAGGUGUCCAUAUCCUUGAAUAAGGUGGAGCUAAGUGUGGGAGACUCCAAGUUCAUCAAAUGCACAGUGAUCGGUGAGCCAGUGAAGGUGGAGUGGUUCAACCCCCAGGGCGAGCGGAUCGUGUCCUCCCCACGCGUGGCCCUUCACACCGGAGAAGACAGCUCAAGACUUACUAUCUACAGGGCGGUGGUGGAGGACGCCGGGAUCUACCGCUGCCAGGCCACCAACGCUGAGGGACAGACCCAGGAGGCCACCAUGGUUUUAGAGAUGUACCAGAAGCUGGCAUUCCGCGACGUGAAGUCACCGCAGGAGUUCCGUCAUGGCGAGACGGCAGAGGUGGUGUGUGAUGUCAUCUCCUCGCCGGCACCAGCUGUCUCCUGGUUCUACCAGAAGGGCAGUAAGAGCAUGGAGAUCACUGAGGAGCAUUACAGCAGGUUCCAGGUGCUGCCCAACAACAACCUGCAGAUCCACAAGGUGACCAAAGUGGAUGAAGGGGUGUACCGCUGUGAAGCACGUGUGGAGGCCCGCGGUGAAAUCAACUUUGUGGACAUUGAGGUAGUGGUGAAUGUCCCUCCUGUGCUGUCUGUAGUACAACAGUCCUUCAAUGCCACUGCAGACUACCAGGAGUCCGUGACGUUCACUUGCAUAACGUCGGGAUCCCCUGAUCCUGAGGUCACUUGGCACAGGAAUAAUAUCUACCUCCAUGGUCUGUCUGUACCCAGGAAGGGUCAACAACUGGAGAGGUCGGAGCAGUAUGUCCUCAACAACCUGGAGGGAGGCAGGAGUACCCUGACCAUCCGGAACAUUCUCCAAGGGGAUGGUGGUGACUACACCUGCCGAGCCACUAACAAGGCCGGAUCAGAGGAGCGGGAGCUUUUUCUAAAAGUGUUUGUCCAGCCCCAUAUCACCCAGCUGCGCAACGUGACGGCAGUAGAGGGAAGUGCGGCCAUGAUCUCCUGUGUGGCCGAGGGGGAACCGGUGCCUGAGAUCUCUUGGAGGAGAGCCAGUGACGGGAGGAGCUUUGCCGAUGGAGACAAGAGCCAGGAUGGACGCGUUGACGUGCGGGGCCGCCAUGGCAGGUCUAUGCUAACCAUCAGUGGGGUGAAGCUACCUGACCUGGGCCGCUUUGAUUGUGAGGCCCUCAGCAGGAUCGGUGGCCACCAGAAGAGCAUGUUCCUUGAUAUAGAGUACAUGCCCAAGUUCCAGAACAACCAAACCAUAUUUUACUCAUGGGAGGGCAACCCAGUGAACAUCAGCUGUGAUGUCAAGUCCAACCCACCAGCAACCAUGCUGUGGAGAAGAGAGCGCCUCACCAUUUCAGCUGAGGGCACUGCCAACACACGUGUCCACACAACUGAUGGCAAGUCCCUUCUGGAGGUUACUCCGGUUUCAGACAGGGAUUUCGGACGCUACAACUGCACGGCCCGGAACAACAUUGGAGCAAAGUACCAGGAGUUCAUCUUGGCCCAGGCAGACGUGCCCUCAAACCCGUACUCGGUGCGCUUGUCGGCUGUGUCGCAGCGCAGCGCCACGGUGACCUUUAUGAAGCCUGACUCGCAUGGCGGCGUGCCCAUCGGCCAUUACCUGGUCAACUACAAGGAAGUGGGCUCGCAGGACUGGAGAGACGUCAAGUCACAUGGUGUUCAAACAACAGUACUGCUGACGGGCCUGGAGCCCAACACGACAUACGAGGUGCGAGUGGCUGCGGUCAACGGGAAGGGCCAGGGCGAGUUUAGCCACACAGAGUCCUUCCAGAGUCUUCCCAUACGUGAGCCCAGUCCCCCAGCUGUGCAUGGCCAGAGAGGAGUGGGCAAGGCCUACCGGCUGGGCCUGGUGAAACAGGAUGAUGGGGGAAUGCCCAUUGUGGAGUACAUUGUAAAGUACAAGACGGAUAAGGAGGACCAGUGGAUGACAAAGCUGGUGUCGGGACAGCAUGACUUUGCUCUACUUCAGCCACUGCAGUGGAACACACGCUACGAGGUGGAGAUCACGGCCCGCAACGUCAAGGGCCUCUCGGAGCCCACCUUCUACCAGUUCUUCAUGCCCCAGAAACCCGACAUCAUAGCAGACUCCCUAUUCAGUGGCCUGGGCCUGGGGCCCGUGGUGGGCCUUGGUCUGGCCGGCCUGCUCCUGGUCCUCGUGGUGGUGGAUGUCAGCUGCUACUUCCUGCGUCAGUGCGGCCUGCUCAUGUGCAUCACACGCAAGAUCUGCAGCAAGAAGACAACCACCAGUGGAAAGAGCAAGGAGAUGGAGGAGGGCAAGGCUGCUUACCUGGGCGAUGGGUCCAAGGAUCCUAUCGUUGAGAUGAGAACGGAGGAGGAGAGAAUAACUAACCACGAUGGGAGCCCAGUACAUGAACCCAACGAGACUACACCUCUCACAGAACCAGAGAAGUUACCGCUAAAGGAGGAGAAUGGGAAGGAGACGCUCAAGCCUGACAUGAUAGAGAUCAAAGUGCACAGCGACAACAGCAUCCACACAAAGCAGGACGACAGCAAAGCAUAAUACAAGUGUGCCCUUUCGCCCCUCGCUGCAAACGAGAACAUUCCGGAGCGCCCUACCCUGAGACCAAAACCCAGUAAAAUGACAUGGAAAAAAAUAUGAUGAGAUCUCAUAUGUACACAAGGGCCCAGAGAAAAGUGGUGUAAAUAACAAUUAUAAAGAGCAAGACAGAGAAAGAAAGAACCUAAUAACAAGCAUUUGUAUGUGAUUAAUCAUUUAUGUUGUUUCUAUGAACCCACCAGUCAAAGAGCCCUUUUUUUUUUCUUUUUUUUUUCUUUCCGUCCAAAUAAGAUUUUAUUUUACGGCUUAGUCGUUGCUUAUCUGUUGCAUUUCUUUAUUCUCUUACCUCCUCUUACUCAUUUUGUGUGGCAAAAACAUGUCCUCCUCUACACACAAUACAUAUACACAACAAAACACAAAUACACACCACAGAGUCUCUGCCUUUGGGAUAAUUACCCCACUGUCGACUCCUACUGAAGUCUACUCUGCAUAGUAUAACUAUCUCCUACAAUAGUGUUCACAGAGUAGGCUACCCUCACAGCAGCAGUUUUGUCUUACUAUUGUGGCUUUGGUCUGAGAUGUGGUGUCCGGGCUGUCCUGUCUCAUACUUCUGUGCUAUGCCACAUUUACCCCUGUAUACUUGAGUAUGCCCAAGCCUGAUUUGCCAGCUCAAAGAAUGUUGAGCUAGCUCAUUGGUUUUGCCACCAUUUUGUUUUGUUAAAAAAAAAAAGAACAGUUACUGUGAAAGUUCCUUUGCACAUAGUAGUUAUUCUUGUCUUGGUUAAUCCAAAUGAGAGCUUGCUUUGAAGCGUGCAUAUACUGUUAAGUAUGAAAGCUAUUUUUGUGUAAAUAUAUUUUGGAAAUUUGAUCAAAAGCUUUUUCGUUGACUGUAUACACUGUCACGUUUCUAUUAUUUUACUAGUGUAUCAUUUAUUUAGAAGAAGUGUUAGGAUAAGAAAGGAAAAACAUUAUUUAAUGAUAACAUCUGUUAGUCAGCAAGUCAAGGCAAAAUCGAGGCAUUGUAGGUUACAUCCAGGGGAUCACAGUUUCUGUGGAUAGGAAGUGUUUCAGAAAAAAAAAAAAUGUGGACAGAAAGAAACCUGCCACUGUUGACCAAUGAGCUGGCUUCAUUUUAGGUAUAGUGUAUGGUCACCUUUCAGAAGCAGAAUGAAUGGCAAUGCCAUGAUUGAACCAAUAUUGUCAAAAAGUGGAAGCUGUUAUGGUUUUUGUUCAUGCAGGAAAUUUGUCAGCGCCAGCCCCUUGGUGUUAUGAAUCAUUUUUCCUGUUGAUUUGUCUGUAUUCUACAUGGUGUAUCUGUAAUUAGUCCACAGCAAUUGUUUAUGUCGCACUUCAGAACCCAACAAUGAAAAGCAGAUACCAUAGUGUACUUUUAAUUUACAUCAUAGACUAAACAGGACUUUUUGCCCUUUGAAAUUUGCUGUUGUAUUAAUUUAAAGAAAACUGUUUCUCAAAGACAGAAACAAAACAGUUGAUGUUAACAUGAAAUCGAAAUGUGAAAAUUGAAUGUGGUUGUCAUACAGUUUUGUGAGUAGUUAUUGGAGAAAAACAUUAGUUCAUAGAAAGCAAAAGAUGCUCAUGCCCAAUAUUGUCUGUUUCAUUUGAAGUUGUGCCAAAACUAUUAGCUGAAUGGAAAACCAACAAAUUUCUUAUGUCUGUAUCACAAUUGUUAAAGACUGGACAACACAGACAUACAUUUCAGUUAUGUUUUUAAAUAAAAACAGUACAUUAUGUGUAAUGCCAAUAUCAAUAACCAAUCACUCUUUUUCUGUUCCUAUUCUUUCUCUGACACUGUCAUGUAAAUAGGUAAAGAAAAAAAAAGAUAUUUUACAAAGCUCUUAUGUAAAUAUACCCAGUUAAGAUGUCUUUUUUCAAAGCAAAAAUAGGCUUGGCUUUCUUGUGUGAACGCUCUCCAAAUGAAAAAAAAAAGUUUAUUUCUGGUACGACAGUUCAGUUCCGACGUGACAGUGCUCUUUACUAUUAAUUCGCUUUACCCCAAAAAAAACUCACACAGUAGGCCCUAAGGCUACUUCACAGCAUUUCAAUAGAGGCUGUACUUAAGAUGUUAGCAUGCCUUGGUUUUCCCACGGCCAAUUGGCCCUCUGGACCCUUGCUACAGUGACAACUGUGUAAACCAUUAAAUUAAACAUUAAAUUGAAGUUUAAUUGAGGCUUGUUUGCCGUUAGUCAAGGGAGCUGCACCACAUGAUCUUUGACGACUGGACUGUUCUUCACAGAGUCGAGGUCACGGACACCAGUGUGCUGCCCAUUAGUUUGCAAUGACCCUGUCGUUAAUUAUGCAGUGGCACUGUGAAUGCUGGGAAAUCGAGUCUUUGCCACUGCUUGAUGGCUAAGUGUACCCCGUCAGUAAGGUCUGCUACGGUACCUUAGUGUAUUUGUGCAGGCAGCGUACUGUGGUUACUGAAAUGUGUGAUGUGUGAGUGCGCUGUGUGCUCUGAGUAAAAGAAACAAGAAAAGCAGUCAUUAGUUUUCUGGCUGGAUAGCUCUGCAUGUUAGUCUGAGAAUUCCCUGUACUCCUACUUCUCAGACUUAACCCAUUGAUUUUACCCUCCAACCCAUAAAAAGGCAUUUGUGUUCUCCCCCUGAAGCACGAUGUUUAACUGUAUCUGCAGUCUUGAAGUUAAGACAACUGUAAAUAGGGAGCACAGUGCCUGGUGGCCAUGAGAUUUGUACAUGUUCUUUUAUAUCUGAAUAUGAGUCCCCCCUCCACACCGACUCCCCCUACUCCUCCCACCUUUCUCCUCCUGUCGCCUCGGACUCUGUCUAAGUUUGUCUACAUAGAGAGUACUGGUGUGUUUCUAGCUCUGUAUAUUGUGUCCCUCCUCUUGUCCCCCUCUGGACUCCCCAGACUGAGUGUGCUUACGCAGGGGGUGGAAACUGUUGACGUGGCCGUAUCCUGUGGAUCACCCUGUAACAAACCUUGUGUCAUUUUAUCAGCUGUAAAUAAAAAUG